UACCUUAGGUAGCCGUGGCUUUCUAUAACGAACAACAGUGGUCUUAUACGCUCUUUAGGUUUAGGAAGGGUUAGUAGAUUUCUCUUUUUGAUAAAACCCCUAACCUUCUGGUUCUGUACAUCGCAAUUCCAAUUAAUCCGUCAUCAUGAGAAUAUUCAAGGAUCUCAUCACAGGUGAUGAAAUGUUCACUGAUUCUAGUAAAUAUAAACUUGUUGACGAUUGCCUAUAUGAAGUGGAAUGCGUGCAUGUCCAGCGACGUCAAGGGGAUAUUCAAUUAGAUGGUGCGAAUCCAUCCCAGGAAGAUGAAGACGAAGGAACCGAAGAUGUUGUGGAGUCUGGCUUAGAUCUGGUUUUAAAUCAACGUCUAGUUGAGACGGGCUUUUCUAAAGCUGACUACAAAUCUUAUCUGAAAACCUACACAAAAUCCUUGCAAGAUAAAUGGAAGGAACUUGGUAUGAGUGACAGUGAAAUAAGUGAAGCCAAAUCGAAAUUCACAGAAGCAGUCAAGAAAGUUUUACCUAAAAUUGGAGAUUACCAGUUUUUUAUGGGCGAAAGCUCAAAUCCAGAUGGCCUAAUUGCUUUAUUGGAUUAUAGAGAAAAUUCAGAUGGAACAGAAACUCCCGUAAUGAUAUUUUUCAAACAUGGUUUAGAAGAAGAAAAAGUUUAAUGGAUUGUAAUUACAUGAACUGAUCAUUAUGCUGCUCCGAGUUUAAAAUUUCAUAUAUAUAUAUAUAUAUAAUAUAUUGUAUAAUAAGCCAAUUGUUUUGUGUUUAAUAUAAUUAUUAUUCCUUUUAUUUAUUCUCUUACGUUAAUGAUUAUCCCAUGGUAUAUUUAAUAUCUAAUUGCAUAACUGUUUCCAAUAUUAAGAUGUAAUGAAAUUAUUAGAUGUAAUUUGCAAGAAAAAUUCUCUACUGUUUUAUGCAUAUAGUAUGACAAAUUUUUUGCGAUUCAAAAUAAGUAUUGGCUUUCUUAAACAAUAAGAGACAAAUAUUCAAACUAUCAACAUU